CAAACAGUUGUCAGACACCAUUGUUUGUGUAAAGAAGCAAUGAGGAUUUGUUGAUUGUUUGCAUUGUUCUUUUCUCUGGCUUUGUUUGUGGAAUUUGUACAAAAUGUUUGAAAAGAGUAACAAGUACAAACUUAGCAUUGCUGAACCUACUGCCAGUCCUGAACAUUCCCAAAUGGCCAAGUGUUGUGGGGUUUCAUCUGGUAAAAUUGUGUGUUGGUCUCUACUUCUCCUCACCUUAUUAUGGGUUAUUGGUUUAUUGUGGUCAGGUAUGCUUCAAAGUGGAGUGCUAGCUUUGCUAGUCUUUGUAGGGUUCACAUCAGCUGAGAAUGCGCCCUAUGAACCGCCCUCCUACCGGCUGAAGGGAGAUGUGGUGCCCUCCCAUUACAUCUUGGAAAUAGUAACAGAUCUCGACAACUUCAGUUACACUGGCAAUGUUCAUAUCGAAAUGGAGUGCAAACUGCCUACUGACACAAUCUAUCUACAUUCUGUUAACUUGAACAUACAUGAGAAGGAAGUGACUUUCAAACGUAUCAUCAAGGAACAACAAUUUGAAGAUUUGCCGUUAUCUGGAAUCGAUCAUGACAUAAAGAAUGAGUUUCUGGUCAUAAAGCUGAAGGAAAAAUUAAACCCAGGAACGAAGUAUACCCUGUACAUACCAUUCGAUGGCAUACUAUCUGAAGGAUUGGCUGGAUACUACAGAUCCAGUUAUCUGGAUAGAUCUACCAAUACAACCAAAUGGCUGGCUGUCACUCAGUUUGAGUCUACAGAUGCUCGCAGGGCUUUCCCAUGUUUUGACGAACCUAGCAUGAAGGCCAUCUUUACUAUAAAAAUGGGUCACAAACAAGAAUUCACAUCUGUAAGCAACAUGCCUUUAGUGCAGACUAUACCUUUUGAAAACAAGCCAGGCUGGGUAUGGGACCAGUUUAAGGAUACUGUACCAAUGUCUACUUACCUGGUGGCUUUCAUGGUCAGCGAUUUCGAAUUUAGAGAGUCCGAUCAUCAGUCAAACAAUGUUGUUUUCCGUAUCUGGGCCCGAAAAGAUGCUAUUGGACAGGUGGAAUUUGCCCGAACAGUGGGACCCAAAUUCCUCUCGUAUUACGAACAGUAUUUUGAUGUUGGAUACCCCUUACCAAAACAAGACAUGGUCGCAAUUCCAGAUUUCAGUGCAGGAGCUAUGGAAAAUUGGGGUCUUAUCACCUACAGGGAGACAGCUCUGUUGUAUGAUGAGAGAACAACUUCCCGAGCUUUCCAACAUAACAUCGCCUCAGUAAUUGCUCAUGAAUUAGCUCACCAGUGGUUUGGCAAUCUUGUUACCAUGUUCUGGUGGACUGAUCUUUGGCUCAAUGAAGGAUUUGCCACGUAUGUUGCUGGCCUCGGUGUUCAUCAUGAAUUCCCAGAAUGGAAUUCACUAGAUGGAGUUGCAGUAGAAAAUCUUCUAACAGUUUAUUCUUUGGAUGCUUUGGAGUCCUCACAUCCCGUUUCUGUUCCCAUUGGUCAUCCUAGUGAAAUUACUCAGAUAUUUGACCAUAUAUCAUACAAGAAAGGUGCUUUCUUGUUGCGUAUGAUGAACCUGUUUUUGGGAGAGGAAGUCUUCAGACAUGGUGUCAGUGAAUACCUAAAGAAGCACCGAUAUGGAAAUGCAGCUCAAGAUGAUUUAUGGGCUUCUUUGACAGAACAAGCACAUAAGGCGAAUACAUUAUCCGCAGAACUCAGUGUCAAACUGAUAAUGGACUCAUGGACAGUUCAAACUGGAUAUCCAGUUCUCUCUGUCGUAAGAGAUUACCAAAAUGGAAAAGCAACAGUCAGUCAGCAUCGAUUCCUUGCCGUAAAAUCAAAGGAUGAAGAAAACAAACUGAACACUUGCUGGUGGAUACCCUUGACUUUCUCAACACCAAAACUGUCAAACUUCAGUGAAACCCGACCCAAACAAUGGUUGAGCUGCAAUGAGAAAGAGCUGUCAAUAGAUAUCCAGGCCAGCAGCACGGAGUGGGUCGUAUUCAAUAACAAAUUUGCAGGCCUCUACAGAGUCAACUACGACAAGGACAACUGGAAUCUCUUGGCUGAUGUGUUGAACAGUCCUGACUAUACCAAGAUUGACGUGUUGAACCGAGUUCAGAUUCUGUCUGAUGCACUGGACCUGGCCUGGAGGGGAGACCUUCCGUACCCCUUGGCAUUCAGGCUGGUCAGCUACCUCAAGCAUGAGACUGAGUACUUACCUUGGAGAGCCGCACUUAAUACCUUAAACAACAUUGACAGAAUGAUGCGCCGAACACCCAAAUACGGACAGUUCAGGGAGUACAUGCGAGAGCUGCUGCAGCCCAUCUACAACAAGUUCUCCAAGAUGACACAGCAGCCAGAUACAUAUGAGGGCAUUAAACACCAGAGCCUCAUCCUAUCAUGGUCCUGUCGCUUCGACAUCGGAGACUGUGUGAGUCAGGCUAAAGAUCUGUUUCGUCAGUGGCAGUUGUCUCCUGAAACCAACAUGAUACCAAAGGAUUUGAGAUCUUUGGUGUACUGCCAAGGAGUGAAGGCAGGAGGUGAGAAGGCCUGGGAAUUCAUAUGGCAGAAAUACCGAGCCUCCAACGUGGGCACAGAGCAAAGCCAGAUGCUUGGGGCACUUAGUUGCAGUCGGGAAGUAUGGCUUAUCAACAGAUACCUGGAAUGGUCUAUAGACGAAUCAUCAGGAAUUCGACGACAAGAUAGCUCAACUGUUUUUGGUUCUGUGGCUCACACUGACAUGGGAUACUACCUGGCCCAGCGUUUCUUCACUAGAAACAUCCAAAGAAUAUACAAAUACCACGGACCAAAAGCUACUCGUUUGGGUAGAUACAUUGCUUCCCUGGCUGAGCAAAUGAUUUAUAAUGAUGAAUUGGUUGAGCUUAAGAGAGUGACUGACGAAAAUGGAGAUGUUCUGAAUGACUCUAAGCUGGCCAUCAGUCAGAGUCUCGAGUCUGUAGCUGUCAACAUUGCUUGGCUCCAAAACAACUAUGAGACUAUCUCAAAAACACUCUCUCUAUGAACCUAGUCAAAUUACACAAAUAUAUUUUUUAUGUCUCCACAGUAAAAUUUAAUAAUACUACCUCUAUGUCUUUCAUGAACCCUACGAAUCAACUAUAAAAUUUCAUCUUUAAUUUCAAAAUUGUUUAAUUUAUUGAUAUAACAUUUUUGUUUUGUUUCUUGGCACAAGAUUUGUUAUACAUGUAUGUUUUAACAGUGUUACUUAAAUAGAGUUAAUAGAGAAUAAAUUUAUUGUUUAUUA